AUGCGAGCUUUACACAGUGGACCACAAUUGACACUUUUUCUCCUUCGUCAGGAAUUUUGGAUUAUAGGUGAUAGAAAUUUAAUACGUAAAGUUUUUCACAAUUAUGAGGUGUGUGCUCGUCAGAAUGCUGUUGGUUUAUCUCUACUGAUGGGAGACUUACCAGCACACAGAGUAAAUCUUUGUAGAGUUUUUUUACAUACCGGCCUAGAUUAUGCUGGAUCCAUCCAAGUAAAAUCAACUAAAGGUUCCCAAAAGGCUUAUAUCGCCUUGUUCAUUUGUUUGUCAACUAAAGCAGUUCAUCUAGAACUAGUUUCGGACUACAGUCAGAGGGAUUUUUGUCAGCCUUUAAGAGAUUUGUUUAGCGUCGAGGAUUACCAUCAGAUUUAUACAGCGAUAAUGGCACGAACUUCCAAGGUGCUGAUAAAGAUCUUAGAGGAAAUUUUCAGACUUUAA